AUGGUGUCCAUCGCGCGGCCUCUCGUCUUUGCAGCUAUAUUGCACAGAUAUGUUGCUGCACAAGGCGGUGACUCUGCCUUCCUCCUGCAGCAAGGAAUGGAAGCGUUGCACGGCAAUCGAAGAAAGGCUAUCGUUGCCCAGCAGAACUUAGCUGCUGUUGACCCGCCUGAUGGCAUGACUGCUGAGCUCGUCCACAUGCGCCCAUCAUUGUUGGCGCUUUCCUGCGUUACUGUCGCGUACUUCACUUCGUAUGCCAUUCUGGCCAUUGUCCGAGCUUUCAACCAGGCCACAACCAGUCCAGCUGGACCUUUAGAAAAGGCACUGGAGUCCUCAGUGAUGGGCGUAUGCUUCGCGCCUAUGCUUUGCGUUCUCUUCCUGUCUGUGUACAAGAGAGCUGACACUUUGGCCCACAACGAGCCGUACCUGUAUGGCCUGCCGCCAAUGUAUGUCCGUGUUGCCUUCACCUGCGCAGUACUAGCAUUUGUUGCGCAGAUGGUCUUCUACAUUGGCCGAGAGUGGUCGAUUCACAAACAGGCUGGGUUCCAAAUGCGACGAGUUCCUCCCUUUUGGAACAACCUAUUCAAUAUCUCAAUGAUCUUCAUGUAUCUGGCAGUUGUCGUCACAGUCUUUGGGCUGAUUGACAUGCAGGAGCCUUCACAGUUGGUGGAAGAAGGAGGUGCCCUGCCGUUAUCGGCAGGCAUUUUCUGCUCAAAUGCUUUGCUCGUGCUGUAUUUGGCUGUGUACGCAGCUCUUCAAAUUGCUAAAACCUUGGAUGUUGAUUUCCGUGAACGAGGCACUUAUCCAGCCUCCCUCUUUGACCCAUCGAGGUACGUGAUUGAGGUCUUGAAGAUGGCCGCUGCUAGUGUACAGACAGCCCCUAUGCUGGCCGUUGCCUGUGUAGCGGUGCAGCUUACCAUCGAGUCCCGCAGCGAGAAGCUUCCACGUGUCGUCGAGAAUGCAAUGUACAUGAGCUGCCUUGGCAUUUACCUGCAGGCAAUCAUUUGCAUCGUCACUCCGUUCAUAACCAACGCUGAACUGAAGGUUGUCCGCGGGACGGUGGACACACCCGAUGUAGUAGACUUUGCAACCGCUCACUCGCAACUGUUCAACUUGAUGAGCGCUGCACGUUGGAUUGCCACAGCUGUUUUGUAUGGCGGGGUCGCUGUCACUUGCAGCUACCUUUGGGGUCAGAAAUAUGAGCCUGCAUGGGCCAUUCUCGUGAUGCAUCUUAUCACAUACUUUUUUAUUGUUCAUUUGUUCUUGUGGCUAUGCAACACAUUGAGGUCCUUCUUGAGUGGCGGAUUGAUGGACUCUGUCAGGACAUUGACGACUGCAAAGGACGCCGUUUCCAUUUGCCCAAUGCUGGCUGUUCUGUUUAUUGAAUGCUGGGUAGCAGCACUCGAUGUGAAAACAAAGGAGGGCAUGAGAGGAGUACCUCAGGGGUACGCUCAGGACUAUAUGUUUGUGGCAACAUGGGCUUUGCUGAUGCAGCUCAUUAUGUGCUUCGUCAACGGCUUUAUCUUCAGUCUUCCGAAGGACCUGAAGGUCAUGCGCGUUUGCGGCAAUUCAGUAGGAGGAGGAUUGAGUGCCAUUUGGUUUGUCUACUACUUGGCAAUGGUCACUGUUUAUGCCUCAAUCUUGAUUGUGUUCAUGGCGCGGUACACCAACAAUUCGGACACCGCCACAGGUGAUGGAGCUUGGUUUAAGACCUUGAAUUCCCUCUGA